CCUGUCGCCGCGCGCUGAUUGGUCAGGGAUGUAUAAUUCUGCGUUCCGUCGUUGUCUUGUUCUUUCAAUCUACCGAUUGGCUGCUGUAUCGCCGACUCUGGUUUCUGGUUGGUCGCUUUUUUUUAUAAUACGGCAGCUACGCUAUUUAAAUGUUGUGAUGGGGAUUGAGUCCGGUUUUUUAAGUAUUGGGCCUGCAGCCCAGCUUCCGGUGCGAAUCCAGAGUGCGGUGACGUCCCCUCCUUAAUAUUAUUAAUCACUCUGUUGUUAAUGAACAUGGUUGGGAGAAGCUGACACGUGUUUAGAAACAUGGCCCGAUCCGGUUCUCCCGACUCAUCGGUUUCCAUAUCCUCCCUCCUGGCCAGUUGCAGCCUGGGCAGCAGCUCUACACGGACAUCAUUCCCAUCUAUCGUGUACAAGGACCGGCUAUAUGACUCUGCCAGCAGGGCGCUGGAGGCGUAUAUAGAGGACUACGAGCAAAACCUCCGGUCUCCUGUGAGCUCUGGGAAGAUCACCUUAACCGCAUCAUCAAGGCUCCCGCCUGCUACGAGAAGAGCAGGUUCUCCGGUGAAGGGUGAGCGCGUCACAUCGUUAAGAAGACGUACGCCUCGAGACCCGGAUCUGCUGAGCCUCACCACAGAUGACUUGCUGGGUUUCCCUUCAGACGGGUCAUUGCCUGCGCCUCGCGCCCGUCUAUCGGAACACAAGCAUGCAAGCGCUCGCCGGAAACAUAAUGGUUCCUCUUCUAGAAUGCCUGCUCCUCUGACCUCACGUCCGGCUUCGUCGUUGAAUGGAACGUCAAAGCUGAGUCUCCUGGACCUUCAGACCCAGGAUUAUCCAGAUGUGUUUAAAGAAAAAAGGAAGCCCCGAUAUAUCCCGUAUGCAACGGGCUCAGAAAAUAAACUUGUAUUUAAUAAUAAAAAUCCUUCCAAGUAUUCUCUGAAAAACUCCGCUUUGCCAAAGAGCUACCCGAGAUGGUUAACAAGCGAGAAGUCUGAACUGAGUGUGUCCGGACUCACUAGUAUUCCCGAUGUGAAAUACCCGGUCUGGUUAAAUGCCCUCAAUCUGCCCUCUGAUUCAGACAGUGACGCUAUUUCUAAAGAAUAUAGAUCACUAGAGACUGUUCGACAGCCACGUAUUGCCAAAAAGGUGCAUAGUGCGCCAUUUACAGGUAGAAUGACCGAUCUUCGUGUGCCGCAACUGGGCGCUUAUGGUGACCGGGAAGGGUUUGACAAAGUCAUCCCAGAUAACAUUAUAAAUGAAAAAGUAGCAACCAACCCGGGGGCAUACAAACAUUUAGAGAGGCUACUGAGAGAUGAUUCUGUAGAGGUCGUCCUUCAGAGCUCCAAAAGUCCCAAUAACUUUGGAAAGAAGGACUUGGCUAUCCCUGUACCUAACGGCAGCCCUCGAACAGAAGACAUACUUGAAGGCGAAAGGUCAUGGGAGAAGCUGCCAUUUGCGAUAAAAUCUCCCGUUCUUGUGUUAUGUGAAGAAGAGGAUCGAGGUUUGGGCAAAUCCUCUGGGUCAAAUCCUGAAGCGUUUCUCAGCGAUUGUAUGAAAAAGAAGGACCUUGCGCCUGGAAGCACCUUCUCUGGGGGUCAUCACCAUGGUCCGGUGGAAGCAUUGAAACAUAUGUUGUUCAACCUUCAGUCCUUUCAACAACAUUUCAAUGAGGGUACAAACACGGAGCAGGGAAAGGAGGUGAACGGUAUUCAUAAGGAAGGUAAUUCUGGAAAAUCUCACCUGGAGCAAGAAGCGUUUCCAGUAAAUAAGUCUCUACAGAAGGCGAUGCAUCAUUUAUCAAGACUCAAAGAGCUUGUGGGAGACAGCAAUGUGAGACAGGAUAAGGAAAAUAAUCAAGAACCAUAAUAUAUAACACUUGUUAAUUGUUUUUGAAUGAAACGUUUAAUGUAUUUUUUUAAAUUAAAUAUAUGAAUGGCUUUAUAUUUUUGUGAAAACCGGAAGCGUAUGUGUAUAAUUACAUAUAUUUUGCCGUUGAAGUGUUUUCAUUAAAUUGAUCUUUCAUA